AUGAACCGCAGGACUCGUCGAUCCAUGGGCCUACAGCUGGCGCCUGACUCGUCAAGCCUGCCUGAUGCGAACGGAUCGUCAGCAGCAAACGUACCUUUAACCAAGAGUAGAGACCACGCACAUGUGAGCUCACCAUUGUCAGUCGUGCUGCACGCACCGUCUCUGCUUUCGCCUCCGGCUACGAGCAGCCAGUCACGACGGAAUGCUCCGCAACGGGAGUCCAGAGGAACAUGCUCCUGCCUGCCCACCGCCGUCUUCCUCCUGCAUGAGCUAGAGGCCUCUUCCGGAAAUUCGCAAGAACGACACCUUGACUCACAGCUCAGCUCCUACCGAGAGACCCUCUCCUGGUGCGAGAGGAUGUUGCAGUGCUCGACCUGCCGCAGCCGUCCGGAGAACAUGACGGUGCUAAACUUGGUCUUGGAGCGUCUCGUGGGUCUGUGCGAUAGCAUUGUCGGCGCAUACUUUGACGUGAUCGACAGCAGCGGCAACAGCAGCAGCAACAGCAACAGCAGUAAUGCGACAGAACACCAUCCGUGGUCAACGUCAAAGUCACGAGCAACCGAAUGGCCGGAAAUGGUCUUGGAUGACUAUGACAUUGCGGGGCCGGAUUGGAAGACCCUGGUCCGCGUGUUGAUCUUCAUACAGAUGGGAGCAUUGGACAGUCUCCUGACCCGCAUGAAGCGCAUUCCCUCGAUGGCACAGCAAGACUCGCAAAUGGUCCGACUACUGAGGUCGGAACAGCGGAAUGCGCGUAUCGCGAGGCGGCUUUGGCCCGGGUUGCUGGAGACGACCCCGCUGUCCGAAUCAGGGCCGUAUAUGAUUUUAGGGCUGCGGUCGAUAUAA